AAGAGAGUGUAGCAUAUUAUGCUAUGUUUACCGCGGAGUAAACAACCACACAAAAAAGGGGUGUGCGUGCGCGUGUGUGUGACUUAUUGCGAGGAAGCUGAAGAAAGAAGCCUAUCCGCGUCUCCUUAGUAGAGCGCGGAAUGUCUCCAAGCUGCCAUUUUGACAAGCGGGCUCUCGCUCACCGGGAGAAAGGGUGGAAUGCAGCGUGAUCCGCUCUAUGUCUCUCGGGCACUUUGCGUUUUGCAGGCUGGGGCGCGCGCGCUUGGAGGCGCAUCUUGAGGGCAAAAAGGGGAGACGGCGAGGCUCUUCCCCGCAAUGUUCUCCCGAACGACCGCCCGCUGCCCUGCAAGCGUGAAGUGGUGACCCCCCAAAGAAGGGUGUUGCCCUCCCCCUCCUUCCCUCCCCCCACAUAUUGAUCUUGCCCAGGGCGACUGCUAGACGAGGAACAGCCACACCAGCGGCGGAGGGCGAGCGAGCAGGUGUGCAAUUCGCGGCGGGCUCUGCCUUGCAGGCUUGGGGGGCGGGGAGCCACUCAGGUUGGCGUGCACUGUGCACUUCCUAUUUAACAGAUUGCUGGGUUGGGAGCAUCUGGCUGAGGAUUUAGUCAAAAGAAAGCCCGCUGCUGUUCAUGCGCAUCUGAACCUCUCUGGGAGCAAGGUUCUUGUUCUUCAGUUAAACUUAGACCUUUAGAGGAACUAAGCCUUAAGAGAAGACCGGGUUAACAAGAUCUGGAUGUACAAGAACAAGAAUACUAAUAUCUUCGACAUUUCAAAAACAGGAAGACUCGUCUGACUGACACCAUUGUCUGAAACUACUUAUCAGAGAUAAAGCUCUGUGGAGGAUUUUGAAUUGGACCCAAGGAAGUUCUACCAGGAGCAAACUGAAGACUUCAGUAGCAAAUCUCCCAGAACCAAAAUGAAUAAAGAUAGUGGUGGGUGUGCUCGCAAACGUGCUGCCAUGUCUGUCAAAUUAACAGCGGUGAAGAGAGUUCAAAGUUCUCCAAACCUUUUGACCGCAGGACUUGAUUCCCAUUCACCAGACUCAGCUUGGAGAUCAUUUAACAUUGGAAGUAGAGAGACACUGAAUGGAGAUACUAGCAGCUCCUCUCUUGCAGCAAAAGGCUUUCGAAGUGUCCGGCCAAACCUUCAAGAAAAGAAAUCACCAACUCAGGCACCCCCCCUACCCCCUAGGAAAAAAAGUUUUGGUAGAACUGGAAUAACUAAUCUGAAGAAGAGUGGAAGUAACUCCUGUUCUGUAACAACUAAACAAAUUAAGCCAUAUCCUGAUGGGAACUACUCUACUAACAAGGAGUUUCUUCAGAGGACAACUUAUUCUAAAAAGUCUAACACAAGAAUGUCUUGCACACAAAAAAGCACAAAACCACUGGCCUCGGUUUCUAGCACAAAAACAAUAGCUGGUAUUAGAACUAUUGUUCAUCAAGGCCACAAACAGCCUCAGAAACGUAGAGUUUCUACCCUGAAAUUAACUCAGGCACAGAAUGCGUCUAGUAGUGUUCCUUCUCAUACACAGCAAAUGCCUGAGCCUGGUGGUGCCUCAGCAGUUCCACGGAGGUCUGCCUCACCUGUCUGUAACCCUGUGCCUGAGAUACACAAAGCAUCUCUCUCCAUUCAGAUAGCCCCCAUCCCUGAUUGUAAAGCAGCACCUGAAUGCCAACAUCAUCCAUCUAGAUUUUCUCCAGACCCUUCAAAGAUGCCACCAGAAAAUAUGCAACAAAUGUCUGAUGCUCCGGCUGCACAAUACCAUGUGCUUGGAAACCAGAAAGUGACUGCCAAUGUGAUGGAGGUAAAUGCUUCCCAGACACACAGACAAACGUCAGCUGAAGCUGCACCGUUGCCUCCCUCACCACCAUCACCAACACCUCCUCCUCCUCCUCCUCUUCCCAUGGUUCCGGUUCACCAGCCCUCUCUCUCACCUGACAGUGGCACCCAUGCAACUUCAUUUCCUUUACCACCAUGUGAUGAUUUCUGGCCGUCACACAUUUAUAGAACCCCGGCCCUUUCACCGUUCUCCUAUACAUACCCCUUCCUUGUACCUGACACUCUGCUCCACAAGACUGAAACUGACUCUAUUGUGUCAGCCAUGAGUGAGUUCUCCUCUCAGCCAGUGAGCGAGUUCUCCGCUGCCAUGCUAGAUGAGCUACAGAGCUGUAACUAUGAUACUACUGACUGUUCUGAAACACCUUCCCCAACCUUGAGCCAGACGUCUGCUGCGUCUGAUGGCACCACCUUAACCUCCACUGCUGCCAGCUCUCAUGCUCAGAUAACAGUGAAUGGGAAUUCUAGCUUGGCAACCAGCCCAAUGAGUUACUUUCAAAGGCCUUUCUCCCCUUCUUUGGCAUACUCUCCACCAGUCUCAUUCACUUCAAGCUCCUCUCUCCUGCAACAGAGCAGGACAAUGGAAUCCACAGAGAUGUACUCACAGCAUGCACACUCUGUUGGUGGCGGUGACAGCAGCAGCAGCACGACCACCACCACCAUACCGAUCUGUAGGACUUCAGAGGAAGAAAAGAAAGUCACAGUCAUUAAAGCACCACAUUAUGCAGGAAUUGGGCCAGUUGAUGAAUCAGGAAUUCCAACGGCAAUUAGAACGACUGUUGACAGGCCAAAGGAUUGGUAUAAGACAAUGUUUAAGCAAAUCCAUAUGGUUCAUAAGCCCGAUGAUGACACUGACAUGUAUAAUACUUCAUAUGCAUAUAAUACUGGUAACUUCAGUCCAUCAUUUUCUGCUCAAGCACAUCCUGUUGCAAAGACUCAGACAUACAGGCCACUGACAAAAAGUACUUCUGACAAUGGCACUGAAGCCUUUAAAGUCUCUUCACCUCCACCACCUCCAGUACCACCUGUUCGUCCUUGGCAAAGAUCUGCCCCAGAAAAAAAUGAGUGGGAGCCUCCUGAUAGAAAAGUAGAUACCCGCAAAUUCCGUUCAGAACCGAGAAGCAUUUUUGAAUAUGAACCAGGAAAGUCUUCAAUCCUUGAACAUGAAAGACCAACUGAUCGCAUAAAUCCAGAUGACAUAGAUUUAGAAAAUGAACCCUGGUAUAAAUUCUUUUCAGAACUGGAAUUUGGACGUCCGCCUCCUAAAAAGCUUUUGGAUUAUGUUCAAGACAAUCCUCCAGGUCUUUCCAAAGAGACAUCUUUAUACUACAGUCCAGCAGACAGACGUGUGGAUAGACCUUCUAGUUCUGCAAGUACUUCAAGUGAUUACAGAAAACGAAGGAAGUCAGAGCCUGCAGUAACUCAGCAGAAAGUCCACACUGAUCAGAAUGUAAAUCGAUACACUCUUGGUCGUACGGAUACACAGAGCACCUAUUCAACCCUUAGGAAGCCUGUUACCACCUCUUCUCCAUCUUCUCCAUCAAGAGCAAAAGUAGACCAGGAAUCUCCUGGAAAUUAUUCUUCUGCUUUCACUGAUGUGAGUCGAUGUAUUCCAAAAGAAAGAAGAGGAACUCCAGACAGAGAGAGACUGCCAGCUAGAGCAGUAUAUGACUUUAAGGCUCAAACUUCUAAAGAGCUACCCUUUAAGAAAGGAGACACUGUCUAUAUCCUCAGGAAAGUGGAUCAAAACUGGUAUGAGGGCGAACACUACGGAAGAGUUGGGAUUUUUCCUAUUUCUUAUGUUGAGAAACUUCUUCCCCCAGAAAAAGCACAGCCAGCAAGACCACCACCCCCAGCACAUGUGGCCGAGAUUGGAGAAGCUAUUGCAAAAUAUAAUUUCAAUGCAGAUACAAAUGUGGAACUUUCAUUGAGAAAGGGAGACAAAGUGAUUCUUCUUAGACGGGUUGAUCAAAACUGGUAUGAAGGCAAGCUACUGGGAACAAAUAAGCAAGGAAUCUUCCCAAUAUCCUAUGUAGAAGUCAAAAAGAGCAUGGCCAGAGGAGAAAAUGAAUAUCCUGUUCCUCCAAUACCCCAGAGUUACUCAAGUGACAAAAUCCACCAUUCAGCUAAGUGGGAUUCCAAAGCACCACCCCCUCCUCCCAGAUACAGAUCCUCUUCUUAUACAGAUUCUAAUAAAAGACAUCUUCAGGCCAUCACUGAUGAAUGGUUGUCACUGACUCUUGGCUUUUCAUCUUCAAGCACACCUUCCCCUCCUCCUCCUCCUCCUUUUCCUAAAAGCUUUCUUUCUGGUUUAGAGGAAUUUGACUCUCUACCUUUAGCAGGUUUAGAGAAGACAAGGUACCUCUCAGAUAAUGUCACUCCUCAAAUAAAGCAUGGCCAUAUUGUUCCAGUUCCCUCAUCAAAGGCCUCCCAUGUGUUCCCUGAAUCUUCACCCAAGCCACUUUCUUCAUCUACAUGCAUAUCAUCACCUCCUCCAGCAACCCAUUUUCAUGACCACGGACAUAAGUUUGAGUGGAACCAUUUCAAAGGGAUGAAAGAAAUCCCCACCAUCAAGGAAAAGAAAAGCCCCUCAAACCCUGUUCCAGAAAUGCAAAACAUAGCAGGCCAUGCCCUUCCCCUCGCCAAAGAAGACCUGUUAUCCAAAACACUAAAGGAGGUUGGCAAACAGGAGGAACUCUUUGAGGAGCUGCUGUCAAUCAUUCAAGGGGAGCAGUCAAAAAGUAAAGAUUUAAGUUUCUACAGAGGUGCCCCUGAGAUGCCUGAAGAAUUGGCAAGACUUCAUAUAGAGGAAGAGCCAAACCUUGACCAUUUAAAGUCACCAGUGGCAAAUAAGAGACAGCCUAUGAUAACUUUUGAAGGCAACAGUUCAGCAGAUACUAAAAAAGAGCCAGCAUCACUUUCCCAUGAGAUGAAAGCACCUUCUACCUCUCCUUCCUGCCUUGCUUCUAGUUCUCCAUUUCAUUCAGCCAAAGCAUCUUUACCUGAAUCUCUCUCUGCGUUUUCCAAGGCCACUGCUACCCAUUCACCCCCUCUCCUUUCCAAACUCUCAUACAGACAAGAGAAAAAAUCAUCCAAGUUAAAGGCUGAUUUAAAAAGAGAGAUCUCUGUCAUCGGCAAACCUCCUCGUAGCCCUGCUUUGACUAGGAGGUCUUGUGGCUCACCUGUCAGAGGGCACAGCUAUUCACAUAGGCCACAGCGCCCUGUGUUUGCUCAUGACAGUGGGGGGGAACCAUUUCAGGUUCUGUAUAACUAUACUCCUAGGAACGAAGAUGAAUUGGAGCUGAGAGAGGGAGAUGUCAUUGAUGUGAUGGAAAAAUGUGAUGAUGGAUGGUUUGUGGGAACCUCCAGAAGAACAAAAUUUUUUGGUACUUUCCCUGGAAACUAUGUCAAGAGGCUGUGAAAUGAUUAUUUGAUUUUGUUCCUUUCUUAUUUAUGCUGCAUCUCUGCCACACAUCUGCAUAAAAAGUGCUAGAAAACAUCCUUCACCAGCCUUCAGUUUUCCUGCUUUGCAAAUCCAGGUAGAAAUCAUGCCGCUCAUCUUCACCAUCUUCAUCCCAUCUGCCAGCCAGCAGUAUUAUUCAACAGCUAAAAUGGAAUCCCUGAGCUUUUGUGAAACAAGAGGAAUUAGUUCUAUGCGAAAUACAUCUUUUUACGCCUUUAAUUUUUGUCUGGCAAUGCCAAUUUGGAAAGCGCAUAUAAAAAGCUUAAUGGAAGAAAUAGCAUGGCACUUCAAAAUGUUACCAGUUAUUUGGGAGAAAUUGCAAUAGUAUCCUUAUGAAAAAAAAUAUCUAUUAUCACCUAAUAUAUAGAACAGGUUGCAAUUUACUACAUUUUAAUGGGUUUCCUUUUUUUUUUAAUUAUCACGUUUGUAGCUCAGCAAAUGUAUGUUGCUGUCAGUUUGCUGUGUCACAGGUUUGCCUCUUCUUUUACCCAUUUGCAAGAUACAAUUAAUACUAAAACUAGAUUUUUUUCCCAAAUGUAUAUUGCAAUAUCUGCAAAACGCCUGUAAAAAUUUAAGCAGAAAUAAUCAAGAGGAGUAUUGAUACGAGAAUACUUCAUUAAGCCAUGAUUUCCAGUUGUAUCUCAUAAGACAUUUUAUUAGAAUUGGGCCAGGGAGGGUCAUACAUUGGUUAAAAUAUUUUUUUUUCAAAACAGUAAGAGCUUUAGACAUGAAUUUAGUAAGUACAGAAGCAUGAGUUAGAUUUCCUGCACCUGCAUGUAUUAGUAUAUAAAGUACUAAAACUUGCGUCUCUUUGUAGGAAGAAUCAGAAGCUCCCAACACAAUGAUGUCUCAAUAGGGAAAAUGUGUCAUAUGCUAUUGAUAUGUGCAAAUACAGGAAACUUGAGUUGGAUGUACUUUCUAUGUUCAUGUAAUUAAUGUCUUAAAUUAAGUGGAGAGACGUGUGUGCAUGUCUCUACAGGAUGAAAUGGAUGGUUCUAGGUGUAGUUACAACAUACAUAUCUCUCUAGAGAAAAAGAGGAGCACUAUCAUAUAUGUGUAAGUACAGCCUGUAUCCUGUACUUACACCUAUGUUUAACUCCUGGAACUCAUAGAAAGGAAAUUAUGUCUGCUAUUUGACAUUAGGAAAGUUCAGAAAUACUGGAAAAUCAUGAAUCAUUAUGAAGCAAACUAACAAUGAAUAAAUAUCUGCUUUAUAAAAAUGUGUUGGAAGUGCAAUAGAGUAUGUAAAGUCUAAUUCAUUUAUUACAUGAAAAUUCAGUAAUAAAAGAGCAAUGUUUAUAUUCUGUUUGAUUGUAGCACAGCCACAGUAGAGUUGGGGAAAUCUACACAAAGUAUUAUAUGAUGCUAUUUUUUAGCUAGUUGACCAGAACUGUAUUUUCUUUCUAGAAACAUAGCAUUAAAACAAGGAUGCAAAAAGGAAAAUUACGAUAGUACAUGUGGAUGGAGUUUCAUUUUUGGAACAGUAUAAAAUAUUGAAGGCAAUAUUUUUGUGUGUGUGCAAAUAUAGACAGCAGUAGCAGGUGAUAAAAACACAGGACUUAACAUAUCGAUAAAGUUAUGUGAAGAAGUCCAGGUUUGGUUUUGCUGGCAUCUUACAAAAGGCAAAACAGAAAAUCUUUUACUGCAUUUCUAUUGUGGUAAAGGACAGAUCUCAUAAAUUUGUAGGCUUGUAGCAUUUUGUACAUAUAUUUCCCUUUUUUGUACAGAGCCAUUUUAUUGUUGAUUUUUUUUAGGGAAAAAAAUCAUGUUAAUCAACUCAUCCCUUUUCCACCAAUAAAAUCAACUCCUUGUUUCAUUAGUUUCUCCUCCAAAGUAUAAGCACACUUGGAUAGUGCAUUUCUGCUAAAUUAGCAACUAAAGCGAAAGUUUUAGGAAUAAUAUGGUUUACCAGCCAAAUUUUUAAAGUGUAUAUAUAUGUUUAAUAUGGAGAAUAUCAAUAGGAUGGCAAAAGAAACAUCUUUGUGCUGCGUACCUUUAUUACUGCAAAUUUCAUGGCAAAAGAUACUUCCAAGGCUUUUUACUAUAAACUAAAUGUGCAUGCAGCUUUGCUGUGAAAUCAGUAAUGAUUUUGAUGCCAUUUAUGAUGGAAGAUUUGUCUAUCACCAGUGGUAUUUUAAAAAAUGCACUGUUUCUAUCCUGUAUCUGAUUUUAAUAGAAGAUGUUUUUCAUACCUGUUUUCAGGUAAUUGACUCUGAAUUCUUACUUGCAAAGGAUCUCUGUGUUUCUUUUUCCUUGAAGAGACUUCUAAUAAAAAUGGCUUGAAGUACAUGAGUGCAUCUUGUUGGUAUCAAAUGGUAGAGCAUUGCCCAUUAAAGUUUAAUCAAGUGUGGUUUGAAA